AUGGCAAACACCCUAGCAAGUGUCUCACCACAAUACUUUGUGGUGCAGGUACAGGGGGCGGUGAAGAAACAACCAACAAGACGUGGUCCUGUGCUCAUCGCACAGGCAGGUAAGACGCCACUCUUUGCUGCCAGGGAAGCCGUGGCAGCUGCAGCCGCCCCCACCACUGCCGCCUCUCCCCUCCACACCAGCACUGUUCUGGCGUCCAAGGACCACUCUCCCUAUGCCAACCGGCUCAGGAUUGUGGCAACAAUCAUCUCCACAGCCAGGCUGCUCACUGGGGCAACGCACCAUCUCCUCCCUCCAUGUUCUUGCCUAAACCACAAGGUUCAUGCACCUCCCUACUCCUCCAAGCAGCCAUCGUCAUUACUGCAGCCAGAUACAGCAUCGUUGUCAUCGUUCAGUUGGAGUCAUAAGAGCAGCCUAAUGCUGGUGCUACUGGUGGCAGUUGUGUCUGCAGUAGUAGCGGAGAAAUCGGCUGUGGACUUGUCACGGCUGCCUGACGGCUUCCUGAUGGGCACAGCCACGUCUGCCUACCAGACAGAGGGCGCCUGGAACGAGGAUGGUAAAGGAGAGAGCAUAUGGGAUAACUUGGUGCACAGGAACCCCAACUAUUCGGUUGACUGCAGUAACGGCGAUGUGGCAGCCGACUCGUAUCACAAGUAUAGGAGAGACGUCACCAUGCUCAAGGAAUUGGGGGUGGACGUUUACAGAUUUUCGGUGUCCUGGCCUCGCAUAAUGCCCACUGGCGACCCGACUGAGAUCAACGACAAGGGCGUCGCCCACUACGAUGCACUCAUCAACCUGCUGCUGGAGAAUGGUAUCACACCCAUGGUGACGAUGUACCACUGGGAUUUGCCGCAACGCCUGCAAGACUUAGGUGGAUGGGCCAACCCGAUAAUGGCUUACUACUUCGAGGAGUACGCCAAUGUGCUCUUCACCAAGUUCGGCGACAGGGUGAAGUGGUGGGUGACGAUCAACGAGCCGGAGCACAUCGCGGCGGGCUACGAGCCUGCUCUUUCCGUAUACGUACCCAGCGUGGCGCCGGGGCUGCCCGGCCACCCGGGCGUGGGCUCCUACCUGGCGGCCCACACGAUGCUGCUGGCGCACAGCCGCGCCUACCGCCUCUACAACACCACCUUCCGGCACCGCCAGCACGGUCGUCUGGGACUGGCACUGAGCGCUGUACACAUACAGCCUGCGUCGGAUGCUCCAGAGGAUGUUGCGGCUGCGCGCCGUCUCUUCCAGUUCCAGGUGCGUAGUCAGUCACGUAGCAGGUAUUAA